AACUCUAUAGAAUUCCCACCACCUUUCUACCGCGCUCCUCUCAACAACACUCACUUCCGGUCUCUAUAAAAAUGUUUGUGCAUUUGUGGGUAGCUAUCACUGCAAGCAACGACGGCAGGCACGCCAUACCAAGCUUGAAGCCAUGAAGACUUUUGUGUGUUUGUUGCUGGCAGUUGCCUCUUGCAAGGCCGGGUUCGAAGGAGGCUACUCCAAUGACGUGGGAGGUGAUGGUGGUGGUCACGGAGGCUACGAUUACUCCGCACCCAUAGGCGGAGGAGCCGACUUCUCAGGCGGACAAGGACACAACCUAGGAGGACUUGGGGGACAAAGCUUCGGGGGACACGACUUCUCUGGCGGACAGACCCACACUCUUGCCCUCGCUCAAGGACAUGAUCUCGGCGGUCAAGACUUCGGAGGUCAGUUCCACGGAGGUUUCGGAGGCAGCGGAGGUGGCGCUCAGUACGCUGUCCACGAGGGUAACCAGGGCGGCCAGGAUUUUAGCGGAGACUCUUACUUGCUAGCCGCUCAGGAAUCUGGUCAUCAAAUCCAUGACGAUGCUGGAUCUCAAGGUGGACAUGAUUUAGGUGGCCAAGGAAACGGUGGACACGAUUUCGGUGGUCAGAUCAGUGGUGGUCAUGAUUUCGGAGGUCAGGGUAACGGUGGUCACGAUUUUGGAGGCCAGGGUAAUGGUGGUCACGAUUUCGGAGGCCAGGGCGGUAACGGAGGUCAUGAUUUCGGAGGACAGGGCGACGGUGGCCACGGAUUUGGACCUCACGCUUUCCCCCUGCAAGACGCUGGCAACGAGUACGGACAUGGUGACGGCCACGACUUCCAGGCUCACGCCAUCCCUGUUGGCACCCAUGUCGAUGAAGAACACCCCGUCGAAGUACCCAACUACAAACAUGUUACCUUCAAAAUCCCUAAGACCGUCCACGUUAACGUGCCCAAACCUAUUCUCAUUGGUGUACCUCAUCCUUACCCUGUCAAGGUACCAGUCAACAAGCCCGUAGCUGUGCCCGUUGAGACUGAAAUCUCUAUUCCUAUUGAGAAGGUUGUGCCCUACCCCGUGGUUAAGCACGUUCCUUACCCCGUUGAGAAGCACGUGCCAAUUAAGGUCGAGAAGACUGUGACAGUGCACGUGCCUCAACCUUACCCUGUUAAGAUCCCCGUGUACAAAACCAUCCACCAUCAUAAGGAGCAUUAAGGAGUAGGAGAACUAUGGAGUUCUGUGGAAGAAUUUAACGAUACCGUACUUGGAUCUGCGAAGAAGAUUUUAUUUUGUUUUACCU